CGGAGGAGUAUUAUAUUGUUUAAGGAUUAAGGUUUGGGUGUUUGUUUUCUGAUACUUUGAGUUUGAGGUGAAAAUAUAAUGGCAAAUCAACAGCAGCCGCGUCCCCUGUUCCGAUUUGCUUCCAUGUUUCGCCCUACGGCGCCGGCGCCGGCACCGGCACCGGCACCACAGCCAACUCGCCCGCCUGCACCUGCCACAGCUACGGCACCACAACAGCCAGUUCGCCCGCCGCUGGCCGCCGCCUCAUUUAGGCCCCCGGCGCCGACUACUACGGUUCGGCCAACUCAACCUCAAGAAUCCACCCCUUCACCGCCGUCACCGCCACUGCCACCGCCCCAACCUGUCGUUGCGACGUCGUCUCCUGUUAAACCGUCACCGCCGUCCCCACCGCCUCCAAUCACACGUUCUCCUCUUCAACGUUUCUCUGCUCCUGCUUCCCCGACAAGGUCCCCUGUUCCGGCUCCUUCUCCGCCUCUUCGAGCCCUUUCACCACCAUCUCCGCCGCCGCCGCAACCAAAACCCGCCGUUACACUGUCGCCGCCGCCGCCGUCACCAACUCCCACACGUUCCCCAAUUAUGGGUUUCGGUCAGCGCUCCCCUGCCUCAGUUACACCGCCGCCGGCAAUGUCUCCUCCUCCACCACCGGCAGCUUCACCGCGAAUCCGCUUUCCUGCCUAUUCUCCGGCAGUUAAGCAAUCAUCGCCGCCGCCGCCAGCCGCUUUUCCGACUAGAAUUACUUCAUCGGUUCCAACCUCUCCGGUUCAAAAGCCAAUUACUGAGUUCACUUCCUAUUCUCCAAAACCCAAAGUUCAGAGUCCCCCUAAACCUCAACCAUUCCAGGAUUAUUAUAAUCCCCCACCCAAACCAGCUUCUCCGGUGAGAGCUCCACCGCCAUCCCCAAAAACUUUUGAGAAAACGCCUCAAAUGUCCCCUCUAAAACUCCCCAAACCGGCCCAAACAAUGUCCGACUCGGAUUCUGAACCCAAAAUCCCGAUUGAUCAGAAAAAAAUGGUGGUUCAAGAAACCACCCAACGAAGCAGAGGGUACAUUCCCCCAAUUAGGCACCAUCCCCAUGAGAACAAACAGAACGAAGCAGAUGAGUAUGGGAUGAGCGUUCUGACCCUGGCAGGGGAGAAUAAAGGCGCCAUUAUGGACCUCAGCCCAGCUCGCAAGAAGUACAACGGAUUCAAUGGCACCCCACAGAAGCUUCAGAGCGAUGCAGAGAAAUCUGGGAGCGGAAGUGACAGCGAAAGUCGGGCUAAAUAUCCCAAUGGAACGGGAAGGGGAAGGAGAUCAUCACUGCCCAUGACAGCCUUCAUGAACAGCAAUGUGCAGUCAAUAAACAACUCAAUUCUGCACAACACUACUUGCAAUCACCAUGAUCCUGGAAUUCAUCUCAUUUUCUCCGGGAAAGAAGGCUUCAAGCCUCAUUAUCCCAAGGGCACCCCAAGCACCAGAUAAAUUCCAUGCGUCUCUUUCUGGGAAGAAUAUAAUCUUUAAAACAAAGAAUUGAGUAAUGCAGAAUGGAUCAUCAUUCCCCAUAUAUAUAAUAUAUAUAGCUGUAAUCCACUUUCUAGUGGAGAGUAAUAUAAGUAAAAUAAACAUGGAUGCCAUAGAUAGAGGAGGAUCGAAUAUUGUAUCCUGUUGCAUUUACGGAUGGAAUUAAUAUUGUGUAAGUAUUAAUACUGUUUUAUGGAAGCUAAAUCAUUGAGGUUUGUGUUUUAAGUUCAA